UAAAAAAAAUGUAUUGUGUUCUUUAUGGUCUUACAUAAUAGGCUAUUACAGAUAAUAAAUGCAAUCGUCUGGAUACAAUACAUUUAUCAUGUUUUGGUCAGUUUUCAUGUCAUACUUCUGCGACAUGAAAUCUCACAUCAGUAUAAUUUUCCAUGUGGAUGGUGCAAAUUACCGUGGCUGUAGGUGGGCGUGUACUACAUCGCGAGGACACGCCCAUUUCCAGCACGCUUCGUCGUUCCGCUCGCCGCUGCUGUUCUGGAAUGGGCGGGUAUAUAAACAUGGAUGAGAAACAGGUAGGUAUAAUCGUUCUCUGCGUUUUCAAAGAGACACUGAACCCAACUCGUUUGCAAUGCCCCUCAACACGUGCGAGUACCAGCUGCUGUUUCUUCUCUGCUUUCUGAUAAAAAGCUGUCAUGCUUUCAAAAAUGAUGCCACUGAAGAAUUUUAUGGGCACGUGGUCGCAUCAUCUCACCAGACUCCAAAUAAUGCCUCUUUAAACCGAGCGCGCAACGGAGGAAGACGAACGGAGAGCCGAGACCAAACCGAACAGCACCAGGUGGGUUGCAGGGAGCUGAGGUCCACCAAAUACAUAUCCGAUGGCCAGUGCACCAGCCUGAAUCCUGUAAAGGAGUUAGUGUGCGCUGGAGAAUGCCUACCCACCCACCUGCUGCCCAACUGGAUCGGUGGAGGUCAUUACUGGAGCAGACGGGACGCCCAGGAGUGGCGCUGCGUCACCGAGCGCACCCGCAUCCAGCGCAUCAAGCUCCAGUGCCAGGACGGCAGCACACGCACCUACAAGAUCACCGCCGUCACAUCCUGCACCUGCAAGAGAUACACACGCCAGAACAACGAGUCCUCGCACGCACCCCAGAGUCCCUCAAAGGACCAUCCGCCGCAGAACCCCAAGAAGAAAAAAAGCAAAAACAAAAACUCAAAGCUUAAUGCUAAAAACGAAUAAAUAGUAGAGCCUCUUUUUUUUUUGUUUGUUUGUUGAGGAUGAGCCACACUGGUGCAGAUCUAAACCAGCGCAGUCCUGCCCGUGGAAGGAAAGUGACUUUGACCCACAAUGACUCUGACUUGGACUGCAACAAGAUGUACAGCUGUUUUAUGUUCUUUAUAUUUUCAGAUGCGGAUUCUUUCAUGACUGUGUAUGUGUGAGAGUAUAUGCACUUUUUGAGUGUAAUAUGGUGAAGCUUUUUUUAUAUAAAUAACCUGAUUACAUAAAGCAAUUAUGUGUACUAAAACGAAUGACAGAUGAUGGUUUAGGAUAGUUCACCAAAAGUGAAGUGUCAUCAGUUACUUGCCUUUCGAUUUGAUCCAAACAUGUAUGAACACACACACACACACAAAGAAUGUUGGGAAACAAAAAGUUGCCAUUGACUUCCAGAGUAUGGUAAAAAAAAACUGGCAAAAUAUCUUCUUUUGUGUUCCACGUUUGGAACAACUCAAGGGUGAGUAAACAAGAACACAACUUUCAUUUGGGUGAACUGUUUAAAAAAGACUCAUUGCUACAGCUAUGUAAAUAUUUGCAUUUCAUAUGUAGUCGUUUACGCAUAGAAUUGCUUUCAUAUAUUUUUAUAGAAUUGUUUUAUGAAAAUUUCGAGUUGUCAUGUACGCAGUUGAAUACCCAUUUAUGCAAUAAAUUAAGUAGUUUACUUA